AGAUUACAUCUGAGCUUACUGGGCUCAUUGGUGAUGACUAUGACCCGUCGUUCACCGAUUGGCUUUUUGUUGAGGCGGGCCUUGGCGGAGAGGGACCCGGAGUGACAGAGUCGCAACAAAAGGAGCCAGCCGUUGAAGCGGGCGCUUCGGAUGCCAAGCUACUACCAGCGACUACGAGCCGUGCCCCACCAACUGGGCCCCGCGCAUCUGCUCCCUUGUUUCAACAGGCUGUAUCGACGAUUGGCGCACCAAAGCGCCCGCGGUCACCCUCGGGGGAUGGUGCGUCUCGAAAAACCCCUCGAACGUCUGACUUGCCCAACCGGCCGCGGGCCAUGCGGGAACCUGAAGAACCAUCGUCUCAAAAUAUCCCUUCAAGGAUACCAACACACGAAAGUGUCAAUCGCUCCAAUUCCCGCAGCCUUCUUGAGAGGGUUGGCACCACUCCAGUUUACCAGCAUCCUAAUGGUCACCUUCAACGCCAUCCUCCUUUUGAUCCCAUUCAAUCUCAAAUAGAAGCGGUUACUCGCGGCCCAAUGGGUAUGAACCCCAAUGCGCAACCGUUCAUACCUGGGCAAGGGCCUCUGAAUGGGAUGAGCGGAAUGGCGAACCCCCUAGCUCUUCAGGAAAUGCUCAACGCGCAGAUGUCCAUGAUGACACAAAUGGCUAUGCACCUGGGCGUGAAUCCUAUGGUGCCGUCCAUGAAUGCCACAAACGGGUUUUCUGGUGCGCUGCAAGGGCAUAUGCAGGCGCCGGCGCCAUUGUUGAAUGGGAACUUCAGCGGGCGUGGGCGGGGUAGAGGUGCUUUCCGGGGUACCCCACCUCAUUUGGCUAGGCAUGGCGGCCACCUAGAAAACCAAACUCAGGAUCAGCGAGUUGCUGCACCCAGUACUCCUGUCACUCCUGCGCCCGUCACAGCGCCAACACCAACACCACCAUCCGCACCCGUUCCCACUCCCGUUGCACAAAACUCCCAAUACCCGGAACGCCCUGGAACUCCCACGUUGUGCAAGUUUGGGAUUGGAUGCACAAAUCCAGCUUGUCGAUAUUCGCAUCCAUCUCCUGCUGCAACGGCAGAAUCAGGCCUUGUUUUAAGUAAUGAGCCUUGUGAAAAAGGCAUCAAGUGUGGAGACAAAGACUGCACAAAAGCUCAUCCGAGCAAAUCUCAACUCGAUCCAAAUGCCGUGGUUCCUGUGCCGCAUCCUCCGACGACAUUGCACCCUAAGCCACCUGCUUAUCACCCCUAUUCACGCCCCGUCCCCGCAUCCACCACUUCCAUCCCUUGUCGCUAUGGUGCAGGCUGCACCCGUGCGACGUGCCAUUUUCAACAUCCACCCGGCCGAACCACGCUCCCUGGGGAGUUUCACCGUGGCCUGAAACCGUCUGAUCCCACGGUCUCACAGAGCCCCGCUCAAGUGAAAGCGAGGAUGGGGGCUGCUGCAGCCGCGAAUCGCUACAAUAAGACUCUUGUGGUCAACAGGCCUGGCCAAGUCUCCUCCCCACAAGACAGCAAGCCAUCAGAGGAUGCUGGGGUCGCUGCUGCUACAUAGUCAGUGAGGGCAUGUUUAGU